GCCUAGUCCAUUUAGGCGGAGAUCAGUGGUCAGCGAUGACCUCAUCGGGGACAGGCGGCUCGUUCUUUCCCGUCUGCACAUAACUCACCUCAGGCAUCCCCUGGGAAUCUCUCGCCAGAUCGCUCAAAAGCACCGAAAGAAGCGAGAGAAACACCUGGAACUCGUCUCAUCCGCCCUGCCAUGAAGCAAUGACACCGGGGCGUGUUCCGCUUCGGCCACUAGCCCGGAAUGGCUCAGCACCGCCAUUCCUGGCCACGGCAGCCUCUGCAUUCAGAUACCAGUCCCUCGUGGCCGCAGGACUGAGCCCAUGGAGGUGUCCUGCCAGAAGAUGGGAGAGCACGUCGGGAGCCGCUGGCAGUGGCAAGACCGGCCAUAUUGACACGCACCCCAAGGAGUCCAUCCUCUUCUUCGAUAACAUCUUUCCCUUGAAGCUCACGUCCGUACUGCUCAUGAGAGCUUGGGAGACCAGCGACAUCCUCGAGCGAUUCAACAAUGCUUCGUUGAGCUUCCUCAACCCUAUCGGUCUUGUAAAGCGGGCGAUUCCAAGAACUGCCCCGAUCAAGGUUACCGAGAUUAUUCCCCGGCUCAAGGAAGGAGGGGCCUACGUCAAGUUCACCUACCCUGACAACAUGUCUGCUGCUGAAAUAGAAGAUGAAUUGGUGAGGUCACUCGAAAACAAGCCCAUCAAGCCCUGGUUCAACCCUUUCCGCAGCAUCAAGGCGCGUCUUGUGCUCGGACGGCCCUGGCUAGAGGACCUGCAUCGGCUGCCAAAAAGCCGACUCAAGGUCGAGUUUGUACCGGCCAAGGACUCGGAACUGCCAGCCGAACUGUCGCAGGAAUCCCUUUACAGCCUGUUUCGCCGAUAUGGGAAGAUAUCCGACAUCAUUUCUCAGCCCUCGGACUCCAAGGUCUUGCCCAGGUUUGCCUAUGUCGACUUUGUCUUGGUCCGAGACGCUAUUCUGGCCCGAAGCUGUGUGCAUGGUUUCGUUCUCCAAGAGGAGGGCAGCAGGACCGCGACCCGCCUGCGGUUAUCGUACGAACAACGGGUGAAGCCGCACCACAUCUGGAACUGGAUCACGAGUCAUCCGCGAAUCGUCAUACCCAUAGUUGCUGCCUUCCUGGCCGCCUUCACAGUGGCCGUCUUUGAUCCUAUUCGCGAAUUCUUCGUCAAGAUUCAUGUCCAAAAGUCAUUCGAGAUCACCAACAGUAGAUUCUACAAAUGGUUGAAGCGGCAGACCUGGGAUAUCUUCACGUUCCGCAAGCACAAAGAUGACGACGCAGGCCUCAGUGCCUUGUUCGCACAUCGGAAAGAUCUGAUUGACUCGUUACAGAAUGCCCUGCUCGAGACCGUCGAGACAUUUAUCGUUGUGCAUGGACCGCGUGGUUCUGGCAGCCGAGAACUCAUCAUGGACCAGGUGCUCGCGGGACGGCGCGACGUGCUCCUAGUCGACUGCAGACAGGUGGUGGAAGCUCGUGGGGAGGCGGGGACCAUCCGAAAGCUUGCCAACCAGGUCGGGUAUCGGCCUGUCUUUUCCUGGGCCAACAAUUUGAGCAGCAUGAUCGAUCUUGCGAUCCAAGGCACUACAGGUGUCAAGACAGGCUUCUCCGAGACCCUCGAAUCACAAAUCGCAAAAAUCCUCCAGACAACCGCCGGCGCUCUCAAAGACGUGGCUCUCGCAGGCAGGAAGAAAGACGAUAAGGACGCAGCCCUUACGGACGACGCGUACCUCGAGGCCCACCCCGAAAGGCGCCCCGUCGUCGUGAUCGACAACUUCCUGCACAAGAGCGAUGAGAAAGGCAUCAUCUACGACAAGAUCUCAGAGUGGGCUGCCGCCCUGGUGCAGUCCAGUAUAGCCCACGUCAUCUUCCUGACCACCGACACUUCCUAUUCCAAGUCGCUUUCAAAGUCGCUUCCCGAUCGCAUGUUUCACCAGAUCACACUCGGCGAUCUGACUCCCGAUGUUGCAAAACACUUUGUUGUGUCGCAACUGGAACUGGAUGAGCCUGGAAAGAAAGAAGAAAACGGAAACCCACCGGCCGUUACGGGAAGCCAACUCCGGAAGGAUCUACAGGAGCUCGACCAAUGCAUUGACGCCCUGGGCGGUCGCUUGACCGACUUGCAAGUCCUUGCCCGCAGACUCAAGCUUGGGCAGAGCCCCAAGAAGGCCGUCUCGGAUAUCAUCGAGCAGAGCGCGUCCGAGAUUCUGCGCAUGUUUCUGCUCACCAACAAGGGCGCCAAUGAACGCGAAAGGAAGUGGUCGACCGAGCAGGCCUGGUAUCUAAUCAAGGAGAUCGCCACCAAGGAGAGCCUCCGCUACAACGAGGUAUUGCUGUCCAGCACCUUCUCCUCGUCCACCACCCCCGGCGCCAGCAAUGCCGAGGCUGCCAUUGAGAGCCUCUCCAAUGCCGAGCUCAUCACGGUCAAGUCGCACCACGGCCGUCCCUCCACCAUUCGAGCCGGCAAGCCCGUCUAUCAAGCUGCCUUUAAGAGGUUGCUCGAGGACGCCGUGGUCAGGGCCCGUAUGGAUCUGGCGGUCUUGAGUGAACUGGCAAAGAUUGAGGCUAAGAAUAUUGACAAGGCCGAGGGGGAACUCAGCUUGCUUGGAAGCUUGCCCUCGCAAUCUUACCAGGCUGAGGACCGGGUCAAUUAUCUGCUGGCGAAACUCCAGAGCAGUCAGCAGAAGAUUGCAGCAUAUGAGAAAGAGAUGGCCGUGCUGAAGGAGGUUCUCGCUGAGGAGGCAUGAGAGUGGAGCAA